UUCGAGAAAAAGCUCAAGAAAUAAAAUCUUACCUUGCAAUGAAAUGUAGAGGAAGAGUACCUAGAGAGGUUCGAAUUAGAGUACUUCGAGACCUUCAAAGUAAAUUUUCUAAAUCAGCUACUCCUAAAAAAAGAAAAUCAGACUACUCUCAGUUGUCUUUGAAUGCCUAUUAUGAUACAAAAGAAGCUAUUGAUAAGGCUAAAGAAACAAGAGCUAACUAA